AUGUUGGAGAAAGAAGAUUUGAGAGUUACUUAUUCAGAAAUUGGUGAACAGCCUGAAAAUUCUAAUGCUGUAGAUCUCGAAAAUGAUUCAGAGGUCAAUUCGUCGAGUAUGGAUCUGGAUUCGUGCGGCGAUGCUACUUCUGUCUCGUGGAAAGAUGAUGGGAAACAACUGUUAUAUCCAGAUGCACGUGAUCUGACACCGUUUAAAACCUCUGAAAGAUUAUUAGAUGAAAUUAUGUGUUCUGUUCCUUAUAUUUUACUUUCUGAAAAGGAUGAAUCCUUUAAUGAGUUUUCAAAUGGUUUGUUGAAGAAACAAUUGUUGAGUUACUCGAAAAGUAGACAUAACGUUCAACCAUUUUCAGUGGGGACCAUUGUAGAUCAAAUCAUAUUGCAGACGAAAUUCGAAUAUAAAUCAACUACUUGCCCGGAAUUUAAUAAUAUAUAUGUUCGUUUGGGGGUUCUUAUAGAUACUAACCAUCAGCCACUUUCUACUUUUGAUGAUGUCGCCGAUUUGAAAAUUUACCAUUUGAAAAUUACAGUAAAAGUUCGUUCUUUUCUAGAAAGAACUAAAAGGCAUGUGGGGGUUCCUAGAUACCACCUGCUCGAUUCAUUGCAUCCAUUUGAUCAACAAGAUUUAUUAAAUUUCGAUCCAAAGGAUCCAAAAUUGGUGGAUCAUGCUAUAUAUGUUUCUGAUGAUACAAAUAAGUUGGUCCUUUUAGAAAUCUUCAGACCAGAAUUUGAUUCAGAAGAAGAAAGAAAUAGUUUAACCAUGGGUGCCAUCAAAGAACGUCAUAUAAAAGCUUCAAAAAAAUAUGAUACCUUGGAUAAAGAUGAGAUACCUACUCAAAUUGACUGCAUUAAUACAAUGUUCAAAAUCUUUAAGGGUCCAUUGACAAGAAAAAGUAAUGAUGAGCCGGUUAAAACAUUGAGUUCAGAUAACGUUGUUCUUAAUUCGCAGAUGAAUCCAAAGUGGUUGGUGACUAAAUAUGGUUUUCAAGAGCUUAUAGAAACUGAAGAGGAAACUGAAGAACAACUUAUUGAUUAUUUACCCCCAAAUUUGGUGGAUUUUGAAACUGAUCAAGAUGUAAGAAAAAGCAGAGAAGCAGUUACAAGAAAGUGUUUGGAAUUAAUCUGGUUAGGUAAAAUUUCAAUAAGUUUAAUGACACCAGAACAAAAGGAAUCAGCGUCUAAAUCUUUGAGAACAUUUAAUCUACUUCAAACAUCAUUUUCAACAUUAUUCUGGUCGCAAAUAUUAGAUGAAAAUAAAAAUAUUGCAACAAUGAAGGAAAAUCCCCAAAUGAAUCUGGAUUAUCAUUUAAUAGAUCUUUCUGCAUCUUAUCACUAUACGGAUAGGGAUAUCAUCCAAAACUAUGAACUUCAAUGUAAAUUAGACCCAGCUAAUAUUGGCAUUUAUUUUGACUCCCUUCAUUUCAUCGCUAAUAACAGAGGUUCAUAUACCCUGAUAGGCUAUUGUGACAAACAGGAUAUUGUUGGACAAGAAGCUUUGGAACAAGCAUUAAAAACAUUUAGUUUAGAUCCAGAUACCAUAGAUCUCUCAGAUACCAAUGACGCGAUAUUUAUGACUAUUUAUAAGAAUGAGGUAAAGUUGCACGGGAAUGAUCCUACAAGAUUGACGAAUCUGAGAAACGCAUUGAGGAUUUUAGCAAAACAUAAGAACUCUUCAAGACUGAAGUUUUAUGUUGAUUAUGAGCCAUAUAGCUCAAUUCAACGAGCAUUUAAUAUACUUGAAGUUGAUGAGUCUGUUGACGAUGAUAUCAUCCAAACUGCAUAUUCCAUUAAAGUCAAUGAUACACCAGGUCUUAAGAUUGAUUGUGAUAGAGCUUUAUACACAGUUGCAGUUUCAAAAAGAAGUAUGAUAUUGAUAAAUUUUCUCUUCCAGGAAUGUCCCCCUUUCCAAGAUUUUUAUGGACCAGAUCAAUAUACCUAUAGUGAAGCAUUGCAAAAACUGCAAGUGAAUGAAAACGCAGCCGAUGAUACUAUAUUAGAAAUAUUCCAAAGAAGGUGGACAUCAGAUUCCGUUAUAGAUGCGGAUGAAAUUUUGAGCUUAAAAUCGGUAUUAACGAAAAUUGCAUUUGAGAGGAAUUCAAAAUUGAUAUCCAGUUAUUUAGAAACAGGUGUUGUAAAUCCUGGGUGUCUUCCAGCUGAUAAUUGGCCUGCAGGUUUAAAUAAUAUUGGUAAUACAUGUUACCUAAACUCAUUACUUCAGUAUUAUUUUUGUAUUUCACCAUUAAGGAACUAUGUAGCUGAUUAUCAAAAAACACUUGAAGCUGUUGAAAACUGUCUUGAAGACGGUUGGGAUAAAAGGAGAAUUGGUGGAAGAGAAAUCAAUAAAGUAGAAGUUGAGAGAUCAGUACAGUUCGUAUAUCAAUUACGUGAUUUGUUUAACGAAAUGAUACAUUCAUCAUCAAGAUGCGUUACUCCUACCAAGGAAUUGGCAUACCUAGCGUUUGCUCCUAGUAACGUAGAGGUUGAGUUUGACCAACCAAAUGAAUUGCAAUCAGGCAAUGGUGAAGAUGUAGAUGGAGAUAUAGUAUUUAUUGAUGAAGAUAUCAGUGAACCUAAAGGUAAAUCACUUGUUCUGGAUGAAGAAAAUUCUAAAGUUGAAAACUCGCCAGAAAAUCAAUUGAUUGAAAUUGAUGAUAGUAGUGACAGCUCCGGACAUAAAAAAGUAGAAGAAAUCAGUCAAAACCCAUGUUUCGGAAAGUCAACUGAUACAUCAACUCGUGUUGCAAAGAUUAGUUUUGACCAGUUGGAGAAUGCACUGGAGCUGGGACGUCAACAAGAUGUGACUGAAUGCAUUGGUAAUGUGUUAUUCCAAUUAGAGAGUGCCUCUAAUCCUAUUAGUUUAGAAGAAGAUGACGAGCAAUAUGAUUUGAUCAAGAAAUUAUUUUAUGGUAAAACAAAACAAAGUAUUAUUCCCUUGAAGAAUAAUAACGAGAUUCGUAACAAGAUUGAACGUUUUGUUUCAUUAUUAGUUAAUGUUAGUGAUCAUCCAAAGGACGUAUAUGAUGCUUUAGAUCUUUAUUUCAGCGAUGAAUACUUAACGAUGGAUGAAUAUGGCGAAGUCAAAAAGUCACUUGCAGUAACUGAAUUUCCUACAAUUUUACAGAUCCAAAUACAGAGAGUUUAUUACGAUAGAGAGAGAUUUAUGCCAUUCAAAUCGAUUGAACCAUUACCCUUUUCUGAAACUAUUUAUAUGGAUAGGUAUACUGAAACAACAGAUGCAGAUUUGCUUAAAAAGAAGGAUGAAACAUUCGAAUUAAAGAAACAGCUAUCUGAGAUGAGAAAGAGGCAAAAAGAGUUGCUAAGUAGAAAUGAAUUAGGUUUGUCAAGAAAAGAAGCAUUUAUGGAAACUAGAAAGUUCUUAAGCUCGGAUGCACUAGAAAAACAAGGAAUUGAAACUGAAAAUAAGCAGAUGCUAAUUGAUAGGUUAACUGGAGCGUUGAAAGAUAUAGAUGAUGAAUUGACAAAACUUUAUAAUGAUAUUGUAAAUAUUGAAGCUAAGAUUGAUAGGCAAUUUGAUAAGUUUCAAAACAUCGGCUAUUCAUUAUUUGCAGUUUUCAUUCAUAGAGGUGAAGCAAGUUAUGGUCAUUAUUGGGUUUACAUCAAAGACUUCACAAAGAAUGGUAUUUGGAGAAAGUACAAUGAUGAAACCAUAACAGAAGUUCCAGAAGCAGAAGUAUUUAAUUUUACAGAAGGUAAUACUGCUACUCCCUAUUUCUUGGUAUACGUGAAACAAGAAAAUUUAAAUGAAAUUGAACCAUUAAAGAGAAUCGUCUAA